CACUCUCAAUUUUUCUUACUGUACCAUUUACAUUUUCAAGCUCACUUUCUUUUGCAAUCCUUGAUGAAGAUGAUGUUAGCAACCAUGGGAGGAGGAGGAGGAGAUUUUUUAAGUGAAGUUCAUUUAGAUGAUGUGAAUGAACAAGGGUUACCUCCUGGUUUUAGAUUUCAUCCAACUGAUGAAGAGCUUAUUACUUUUUACUUAGCUUCAAAAGUAUUCAGUGGAAGUUUUUGUGGUAUUGAAAUAGCCGAAGUUGAUCUUAACAGAUGUGAACCAUGGGAACUUCCUGAGAUAGCUAAGAUGGGAGAAAGAGAGUGGUAUUUCUUCAGUUUAAGAGAUAGGAAAUAUCCAACAGGGUUGAGAACAAACAGAGCAACUGAAGCUGGGUACUGGAAAGCAACUGGAAAAGAUAGAGAAGUUUAUAGUGCUUCUAAUGGUGCUUUACUAGGUAUGAAGAAAACACUUGUUUUCUACAAAGGAAGAGCUCCUCGUGGUGAGAAAACUAAAUGGGUCAUGCAUGAAUAUCGCCUGGACGGCAACUUCUCUUACCGUCACGCUUCCUCUAAGGAAGAGUGGGUUAUUUGUAGAAUUGUUCAUAAACCAGGAGGAGAGAAGAAAACACCAUUUUAUUUUGCUCAUCAUCAUCAUCACAACUACCUUGUUGAAGUUGCUUCACCUCUUCAUCAGCAUCACUCCAGCAACACUUUGCCUCCACUUCUUGAAUCUCCAACAAAAUUACUUGAAGCACAACCGUUACAAGUAUUUCAGGAACCUUACUUCAUGAACCAAGACAGUGACAUUGGAACUUUAGUAAACCCAGCUUCAAACCCUCAUCAGAUAGUACCCAACAAUAUGGCAGUGAAUAGUAAUAAUAUUCAACCUUUCUCUUCCUUGUCAUCUAACUGCAGCAACAACAUCUCAUCAGCUCUCUUCAAAAGUUUGCUUUCACAUCAUCAAGAUUGCAUGUCAAAGGAAGAACCGAGUUUUCAUACUAAACAGUUUAUAAAACCCGAUACGAACUUGAAUUCUUAUUUUCAACAACUAGAUGGUGGAGCUAGUAAUUUGAACUGGCUAGACAAAAUUCAGAACCAAAAUCCAUGGCAGCACAGUUUCUCUUCAUCCUCCUCAUUGUCUUUUGAAACGGGUUAUGGUGCUUUAGGGUUCUGCACUGAUCAUCCAAAUACAAUUCAAGAGAUGUCUACUUCAGUUGCUUUCAGCAGGGCUAUCUAGACGAUGUUAGAUUCUACUCACAUCGGAUAAACAGUAGUAUCUGGACCAUUGAAUGUUGGAAAUAUCUAAUUAUCUACUUUAUAUAGAUUAUUAUAUAGUUAGUUUAUAGUAUGGAAUUAGAAAUCUAAGAUAUAUGUAUGUGGCUGUAAAUAAUGGUGUACUGUUUUUACUAUAAAUGUAUUAGGGAGUUA